AUGAACGGCGUGAAACAAGGCUGUGUUCUCGCUCAGACGCUCUUCAGUACAGUAUUCUCCACCAUGGUGACUUGUACCUUCCAUGACUGCUAGGUUGGAAUACCGGGCAGAUACAGGACUAAUGGCGGGCUGUUCAACCUUAGGCGCCUGAAGGCUGUUCCAAAGGUGAAGGAGACUGUCAUCAGAGACUUCUUGUUUGCUGAUGACUGUGCCCUCAACGCCAGCACAGAGCAGAUGAUGUAG